CAUUCACACAUAACAAACCGACAUUGAUCUAAUCCAUUUCCCCAGCUAGCUCAUCACAUCACCCACCACACAACCCUACAUUCUAUACUACUGCUAAUUCACCAAGAAUUUGCAAGAGUGAGCGAGGGAAAAAUGGCCUCCACUGCAUGUUUCUUGCACCACCAUGCACUCACCACAGCCACUAGAUCCUCAUCACAGCGCCAGGUGGCCAACAUCAAGACCGCCCAACUAGUCUGCCGGGCACAGAAGCAGGAAGUCCAUGAAGAUGGUGCCAACGCCGUCUCUCGCCGGUUGGCUCUGACUGUGCUCAUUGGUGCUGCAGCCAUUGGCUCCAAGGUUUCACCUGCUGAUGCAGCCUACGGUGAAGCUGCCAAUGUAUUCGGAAAGCCAAAAUCAAACACAGACUUCUUGCCAUAUGAUGGAGAUGGAUUCAAGCUGUCGAUCCCGGCAAAGUGGAACCCCAGCAAAGAAAGAGAAUUCCCAGGGCAGGUUCUCAGGUAUGAAGACAACUUCGACUCCAACAGCAACGUCUCAGUCAUAAUCAUCCCCACUGACAAGAAAUCAAUCACCGAUUAUGGUUCUCCUGAGGAGUUCCUCUCCCAGGUGGACUUUUUGCUCGGGAAACAAACCUACGCUGGCAAAACUGCUUCUGAGGGUGGGUUUGACCCUGACGCAGUGGCAACUGCAAACAUAUUGGAGAGUGGAAAGCCUGUGGUGGGUGGGAAACAGUAUUACUUCGUGUCUGUGCUGACAAGGACUGCUGAUGGAGAUGAAGGUGGCAAGCACCAACUAAUUACAGCCUCUGUUAAAGAUGGCAAGCUUUAUAUUUGCAAAGCCCAAGCAGGAGACAAGAGGUGGUUUAAGGGAGCAAGAAAGUUUGUGGAGAGCGCUGCUAGUUCUUUCAGUGUUGCCUAAGCCAACUUUAAAUGAGGGUUUGUAUAUGUAUAUCACCUUAAGAUUAUGGUGUUUGUUUUAAGUUUUCUAGCCCUUUUUUUUUUCCAAAGAUUCAGAGCAGGUUAUUUGAGGGAGUUGGUUGGAGAAAGCUUGUGGAUAUAUAUUUCAAUAUUUGACUGCAGAUCAAGAACCAUCUUUUAAUGAAUUUCAAACCAUCUCCCUCUCUCU